AUGAAGAUUUCCGCCCUCGCCCUUGCUGCCGUCGCCCAAGUGGCCUCUGCCCAUUACUUCUUCGACACCAACAUCGUCGGCGGUACCACGCAGCCCGCCUUCAAGUACGUUCGCCAGUCGUCCCGCGCUGUCAAGUACAACCCCAUCAAGUUCUCCUCGAACCCUGCAGCCGACAUCCGUGACGGAUCUACUGUCGAUGGUCCCGAUAUCGUCUGCAACCAGGGCGCAUUUGCCUCUGCUGGCAAGACCGAGGUCUUGACCGUCAACGCAGGUGAGGAGGUUCGCCUCAAGUUGGCUGUUGGUGCCAAAUUCCAGCACCCUGGUCCCGGUCUGGUCUACAUGUCCAAGGCGCCUGCAAGCGUCAAGGCCUACGACGGAUCUGGCGAUUGGUUCAAGAUUUAUGAGGAAGGUGUUUGCGACGGUGGUGACUUUACCUCCACCGCCUGGUGCGACUACAACAGGGACUGGAUUGCUGCCAAGAUACCCAAGGACACUCCUAACGGAGAGUACCUUGUCCGCAUGGAGCACAUCGGUGUUCACCGCUCUCACGUCAACCAGCCUGAGCACUACGUCUCUUGCCUGCAAGUUAAGGUUCAGGGUGGCGGUAGCGGUACCCCUGGUCCCAUGGUCAAGUUCCCCGGCGCAUACAAGGCAACCGACCCCUACGCCAACUUCAGCAUCUACAAUGGACGCAAGGCCUUCCCUAUGCCCGGCCCAGCUGUCUGGGAUGGAGGAGCUUCGGGCUCAGGCUCCAGCAGCCCUACCACUCCCGCCAAGGAGGUCGCUUCAUCCACACCUGCAGCACAAAAGCCCACCACCAUGGCCACUGUCGUUGCUCCUAAGCAUACUGGCCCCGCUGGCACUGGUUGCGCCACCCUUUUCGGACAGUGUGGCGGACAGGGGUAUAACGGUGCUAAGUGCUGCUCUACAGGUUCUUGCAAGGCUGCCAACCAGUGGUACAGCCAGUGCUUGAACUAAGCUGCUAGCAUAGUCAAAUGAGAUGGAGGCCGACGAGCAAUAGAAAUACAUGCAUUCGUCGACAGCAGAGGGCUUUUGUCGAUAUUUUCAAUUCUUGUCAAGACGCGGAGCUGCUGUCUAACGCAGCAAAGCAAUCGGGUCUGGCAUUUAUAUCGUCCAUACGUUUAGGUUGGAAUGGACGAGUGCUUCUGCGGUAGAACUUAGUCUAUAGUAUCUAUCAUAACAUUGGGGGGGCUUUC